UAAAGCUCCGGUGAAAACAGCUGAGGAGUAGCAGAGGCAAAGGAAGGGAGAAGGCGAGCAGACGAACGGACAAGGGAGUCCACUCGGUACGAGGGAGUGAAGAAAACAGGAGUUUCCUCUGCAUGGGAGAAUCUCUUGGGACUUGCCAAGCACCCUCUUAAUGUUGUUACAUGCACAGUGUGUUGAAACGCUAAUCUCCAGUGAAUUGCAUCAAAUUGUAUAUGAAGAACAACUUUUGAGCAGGUCAAUAAUAGGAUGCAGUCUUCGAAAAGCAACUUGCCAGCAUUUCCAAGAAGAAUGUACUCAUCAUGGAGGACUUCAAUUUCCCUGACCCAUGUUGGGAGACAGUUUCUGUCAAACAUGGCCCCUCCAAGAGAUUUCUGACAUGCAUUGCUGACAGCUUUCUCCAGCAGAAGGUUUUUUUGUACUGUAUCAUUAAAAAGUAAUCCAGAAUGCCUCUCAGCGAUGAGCAGAACAGUGACUGUGAUUCUUUGAGAUCCUCUGAAAGUGCUGCUACUUCUUCCAGUGACUCUGAAUACUCAAGGCAGAGCUUUACCAGUGACUCUUCAAGCAAACCUGGAUCCCCAACUUCAACAAGCCCGCCUAAAGUGGUUACAUUUGAUGAAAUGAUGGCAGCAGCAAGAAACUUGUCCAACUUGACCCUGGCUCAUGAAAUUGCUGUAAAUGGAAACUUCCACGUGGAACCCAUAGAGCCUCCGCACAACAGCUUGACGGGAAGGGUGAAACGGAUAGUACAUGAAGCAUUCUGGGAUCGCUUGGCAGACGACUUGAAUGAAGACCCCCCUGAAUAUGAGCAUGCAAUCAAGCUGUUUGAAGAAAUUAAAGAGAUCCUUCUUUCGUUCCUGAACCCUGGGGCUAACAGGAUGAGAAGCCAAAUCUGUGAAGUCCUAGACACAGACCUCAUAAGGCAGCAGGCUGAACAUGAUGCGGUUGACAUUCAAGGUCUUGCAAACUAUGUCAUUAGCACCAUGGGGAAAAUGUGUGCUCCAGUAAGGGAUAAAGAUGUAAGCCAGCUAAAAGCCACUGGGAAUAUUGUCGAAUUGCUGAGACAAAUAUUUCAUGUUCUGGAUCUCAUGACAAUGGAUAUGGUUAAUUUUACCAUUCAGAGUCUUAGACCUCAUCUUCGACGUAACUUGGUGGAUUAUGAAAGAGCAAAAUUCCAAGAUAUACUUGAAGAAACACCAAGUGCCCUGGACCUGACAACAGAAUGGAUAAGAGAAUCAAUUCAGGAUGAGUUAUCUUCCGCUUCCUGUGAAAUGUCUUCAUCUUCUGGUGCUUACGAGAUUUCAAAGCCAAAUCUGAGCCCUAAUAUGGUGCUAACGAACAGCUACUUGAAACUAUUGCAGUGGGAUUAUCCCAAAAAACCUAUUCCUGAGACACUAAUGGCAGAUGAAGGUCGCCUUCGGGAGUUAUCAGAGAAACUGAAUCAGCUGAAGAUUGUAGCUUGUAUCUUUGUCAUCAUAAGCAACAUGGUAACUGCAGCUACUGAAGCCAUUCCAGAGUUCAUUGAGAAACAAAAGAGAAUUUCACUUGUCCUGCUUGAAGGAAUGAAUAAGAAGACUUUUGAUUUGAAAGAAGCACUUAAUGCAAUAGGUAUUCAGACAUGUACUGAAAUAAACAAAUCACUAACUGAGAAGGGGUUUCCACCACUGAAUAAGGAAGUUCAGUCAAACUUACUGGGGCAGCUCUGCAGCAUUGCUGAAGAAAACAAUCCUGUCAGCUCUUUAAUUGAAAAACGAAUUUAUUUGUACAUGAGGACCUUGCUUACUUCUCCAUAUUCUCAAAAGUCUAUGCCUACAAUUCCAGGAGGCCUUGCCAUGAUUCAGUCUGAGAUAGAGGCUAUUGGAACACAGUAUGCCAACAUUGUUAACCUUAAUAAGCAGGUGUAUGGACCAUUCUAUGCAAAUAUUUUUCGAAAGUUGCUGUUCAAUGAGGCAGAAACAAAGCAAGCAGAACUUGCUCCUUCUACUAACUGAAAUAUUUAACCCUCCUUUGUUCCUUCCUUUUUCUGCAGUGUUUCUACUGUGAUCAUUGUUCUUUUGAACAGUUAUUCACUUAGAACAACAACACAGUGAGAGGGAGAGAGAGAAAUGUGUGUCUGUAAGCAGACUAGACCAUAGAGAUUAUAUUCAAAUAAAAGCUUCCCUGAAUCCCUGCAAGUUACUAUAUUAUAAAAUAUAUAUGUAUGUUUGAAAAAAAUGAUUAUGUUUACAAUGGAUUGUAACAUUUAUUGCACUUACUUACUGUAAAUAUUUUCUCCUACUUGACCACUUGGGAUGUCUGGGGUAAAUACUUGCUGAUUAUCUACAAGUAUCUCUCCUUCAGAUUUUAAUAUGCCUGCUCCAAUGCCUUCAGUGCAAUGAAACAGAUGUUUGUAGUUCAAGCACUCUGAACUAAAAAAAAUAGGUCACAAAUAGCACCAUCACUCUCCCUUCCCAAAGAGGCUUGCUAAUAAAAUACUGUUAUCAUUCCGUCCAUACCCCAAUUUUGCUCCUGGGUUGGCAGUUGGAGGAUUGGAAGGAGAUGGCCAUUUCCAAAUUUGCCCUGCCUCUCUGGAUUUUGACCCCUAAUGCAGUCUUCCCAGUCCCAAACUUAACUGGAUGUUAAAAGCAACAACAUACUCCUGGAUUGGCAUGUGGGAGAGUAUCAGAUGCAUUUCAUGGAAGUUUUCAGGGCAUUUUAGAGCACAAUCCUAUGCAUAUUUAGACUGGCUGGGGGAUGCUAGGAGUUGUAGAUCUUUUUUCUGUCUAAGCAUGCAUAGCAUUGCAUCCUUAACAUAUUAGAUUACAUAGAAGCAUGCAAUAUUAUAUAUAAGGUAUAUUUUUACAUCUCAGAUUAUUUAAUAUGGAAGGGCUACAGUACAUUGGGUAUAUAAUCUUCAUUUUUAAUACCAGAAUUAAUCCUAACUUGAAAAUAAUUAUUCAAGGAAGUGUAUCAUACAGUACUGUUCACUGUGAUUCUAUUAAGUAGCAAAAGUUAUAUCUGUUAACUAUAACAACUCCAGCAAGUAUGUCUUUAAGUAUUCCUUGUUGAUACUUUAUAGCCCUACUGUGUAUUUUUGGUAAGAAUUCAUCCUUACCGACAACAAGAGUAAGAUAUAACCCACUUGCCAUAUAGUUCCGACAUGUUUUUUACAAAGAUUUUUUAAAAAGUCUUUAGUAUUAAAAGUACUGUGGUUUUAUAGACAAACCUGAAUUUUUUAAAGGCCAGAGUUUAUAUAUGUUCUUUUAAAAAAAUCUGCCAGCUAUACUUUACUAGGCUAUUUCAAACAGCAGCACACUUCUUGUUGGGAGGGAAAAGAAAGAUUUACUUCUCCGUACAGUUCUUAUUUCCCUGAGGGAUUAAAGCAAAAGGACAAACCUCUGUGCAGCCGGUUUAAUUAAUUUAGAGGUGCUAGCAGCAGUGAUCUUCAGCUUUUCAAUCAACAUACUGAAACCACACGCUAGUCUUUUCAGAAUGACUUUAAAAGAGAGUAUGUGUGCUGGUCACCUUGGUCAAAGACUUGGGGUGGUUUGUUUUGUGUUGUUUUCUGUUCUAAGGAAAAUUUAUUUCUUCAAGGGAAAUAAAAGGAAAAAAAUAUUUUUCACUUUUCUAGAUAAAUUAAGGUGAGUAUGAGAAACUCCCAAUUGUGAGUGUUCUUGCAACAUAAUAUGUAUGCUAGGCACAAAAAUUAUGACACCAGAAGAGGAAUUCCCUGCCUCCUCCUCCUCUCUCCUGGUAUUUGCUUCAGCAUCUUGAAAAUACUACACACGUCAAGGGAUCGUAGUUGAUGGGAUGGGGCGCAAAGGGGGACCAAAAUAAUAAAAUAGGAGCACCUUUUGUGCACAGACCUCCACCCAUGGCUGGUUUUCCCUUCUCCAUUUAGGGGGAUAAUCCCACCCCCUGUACACCAUGAAGCUGAUUGGUGAGAGUUUCUGAAUGGAUAAAAGGAAGUACUUAGUAGAUUCCACUAUGGAACUAUGAUCCUCUCUAUUUCAACAAGAUAGUGAUGACCACCAAUUUGGAUGGCUUUAAAAGAAUUAAUGGAGAAGGCCAUCUAUGGCUACUUGUCCUGAUGACUAUCAGCUGCCUCCUGUAACAGAGGCAUAUUGCUGGGGCACAUGGGUGGGAGAGUGCUGUUGCACUCAUGGCCUGUGUGUGGUUUUCCUGUGGGUAACUGGCUGGCCACUAUGUGAACAGAGUGCUGGACCAGAUGGACUUUUAGUGUGUUCCAGCAUGUCUCUUCUUAUCACAACCCAUCCCAUUCAGCAGGGUAUUUGUCCUUCUCUGCAAGGAAAUCUCUCCUUCCACUAGUCUAGUUACACAUGCAUAAAACUGCUUCCAGUCCUAUGUGUUGAACCAUAAGACAUUUGGUCCAUAAGGGACUUCUGUCAAGAUUCUGAAGAUAAGAGAAUUUUAUACUUAAAUUAAGAAGCAAUAGUAUAAAAUGUAAUAGGUGAGAUGACACUAUGAACUUCCCCAAGGAACUUUAUUGUAUUCAUUCUAAUGUGGAAUAUAUGCAUAUUGUUUUCUUAAGCACUGUACAUAUAGAGGGAGACUGAAUAAAGCAAUAGUACCUCUACAAGUUCCUAAUCAACUCUGGGUCAAAUUAGUCAUAACUUAAGUCCUAUUUGAAAGGGACUAAUUGCAGCUAACUUAAGGUGUAACCCUCUGCAUGUUUAGCAUGCCCCCAGCCAGCCAUACUGAAAGUUGUAGGAGUUUUUUCUGUCUAAACGUACACAGUCACCCUUAAUCUGUAUCUAGCUCUAUAUUUAUUGGAAACACUUGUGUAGAGGAUUAAGACAAAGGAAUAUUUGUUUUUUGGUUUUAUAAAUGACUUCAAGGGGGCAUUUUAUAUAGUAUGGUAUGUCUAUUCAGCCUUCAAGGAACUCCUAACUAAUGUUCAUAGCCUUUUGGAUGUCCUGCUUAAACAGAUGUGUUAACCUGUCCAUCUUGCAUGUUUACUGGAAUUAUUCAAGUAUCUUUAUCUUCAUUUAGAACCCCACCUUCAUUUUGCUUAAUGAAAACAAGAUAUUGUAUGUAAUUGAUUUAUUAGGUGGUUUUGUGUUCAUAUUUGUAUUCAUUAAAUUCUGUUUGCAAUUAAA